AUGCGAUGUGUACAGCUUUACUCCAGAAAAUGUAACAUCCACGAUGAAAUGCAGAAGCUGAUUCACCAAUUCUUCGUGAAACACCUCUCCCUCAACGGCGAAGACGCGCAUAUGCUGCACAUGAAAUACUAUACCGAGUACGGGCUUGCAAUUGAAGGUCUCGCUCGUCACCACAAAAUCGACCCGCUUCAAUUUAACAGUGAAGUCGACGAUGCGCUGCCGUUGGACACCAUUCUGAAACCCGAUCCCAAGUUGCGCAAGCUGCUCGAAGACAUCGAUAGGAGUAAAGUGAGGUUGUGGCUUCUGACCAACGCAUAUGUCAAUCAUGGAAAACGGGUCGUGAAAUUGUUGGGGGUGGACGACCAAUUCGAGGGCAUCACCUUCUGCGACUACGGAAAGCUCCCUCUCAUCUGCAAGCCAACACAGGAGAUGUACGCUAAGGCGGAGAGGGAGGCAAAUGUCCCGAGUACGGCAGAGCGCUAUUUUGUCGAUGACUCCGGUUUGAACUGCAAGCACGCCGCGGCUCGCGGCUGGCAGACGGCUCACCUCGUUGAGCCAGAGCUUCCUUUGCCCGAUGCGCCGGCCACCGUGCGGUUUGCUGGAACUACUCACUUCGCUGCCGGAGACUGGGUCGGCAUUGAAUUGGACGAACCCACAGGAAAGAAUGACGGAGCCGUCCAGGGAGAACGCUACUUCGACUGCGAAUUUGGAUAUGGCAUGUUCGUCCGACCAACUGCCAUCGCAGCCAUUAUUGGCCCUCCCGCAAGAGAAGCCAAACCGGCUGCUAAGGGGACCGCGAAUGCUCCGCAGACCAGAGGGCGGGCCCAAACUGGAGCUUCUGCGAGCGGACUGGGGAUCAAGAAACCGAGCGCUAUACAGGCCACGAAUACGAAAAGACAUAGUGGCAGCUCGGCCAGCCCGAGUCCUGCGGCGAAGACUGCGUCCCAGCGGUUGGGCUUGAAGGCCGGCCGUCUAUUGGGGCUAAGUCGACAUCCAUGGGCCCCCACCUCCCCCAUCUGCGUCGCGGCCCUCCCGGCCAUCGAUAUCUGGAGCUUCGAACAGAACUCCAAGCGCCCUGCUUUGCGGCAAACCGCUUCCAAGACCUCGGAUGAACAAGACAGAGAGAGCCCACAGUCAGAUGAUAUCGAGACUGCCGAUAAUUAUGCCGAGGCCGAUGAAAUAGAAAACGAGGAGCCAACUGCUAAGCCGCCCAGACUGGCUUCUGGUUCGUCACGGGCAGGUGCUGCUCGCCCGGGGCUCUCCCAGACCUCGUCGCCGCGACAAGCUCAGAGUACCGCGCUGUCAAGGGAGCUGGAAGAGUUGAAAACAAAGCUUAGGGUGAUGGAGAAAAAGCGGACUGAGGAUCGAGAGAAACUUAAGGCUUUGGAGACACUUCAGCAGGAGCGGGAUAAGUUCGAAGGCAUUAUCCAGAAACUGCAGGCGAAAUACCAGCCACAGCAGCUUGAGAUUAGCGACCUGCGAAAGAAGUUGAGAGAAUCGGAGGCCCAACUCGAAGAGAUCGAGCGCAUCCAAGCGGAGCAUGACUCGAUUUUGGAAAUGGCCACCCUCGACCGCGAGAUGGCGGAAGAAACGGCCGAUGCUUUCAGACAUGAAGUUGAAGCAUUGAAGUUGAGGGUGGAGGAACUUCAAUUGGAAGCGGAAGUCCUACGCGAGGAGAAUGAGGAGCUCGGUCAGACCAUGAGCCCGGAGGAGAAGUCCAGCCAUGGAUGGCUGCAAAUGGAGAGAACAAAUGAACGUCUCCGUGAGGCCCUCAUACGGCUUCGUGAUAUGACGCAGCAGCAGGAAUCGGAGUUGAAGGACCAAAUCAAGGAACUACAGCAAGAUCUGGAGGACUAUGAAAGUAUCAAGUCCCAGUAUGAAUCAACCAAAGAAAAACUGCUUGUAGCGGAAAACAAUGUUGAAGAUCUUAAGCAGCAGCUGGAGACUGCUCUUGGUGCGGAGGAGAUGAUCGAGGAGCUCGCAGAUAAGAACAUGCACUACCAAGAGGAGAUCAACGAACUGAAAGCUGCCAUCGAGGACCUCGAAGCGCUGAAGGAAAUCAACGACGAGCUCGAGUAUAACCACAUCGAGACAGAAAAGCAGAUGCAGGAGGAAAUCGACUACAAGGAAUCCCUAUUUAACGAGCAAUGCCGCAAGGUUGCACAGCAAGACGAAGUCAUCGAGGACUUGGAGUACACUUUGGCGCGGUUUAGGGAGCUAGUCACAACUCUCCAAGGGGACUUGGAGGAUAUGCGAGCCUCGCAGCAGAUCACAGAGGCCGAAGCUACGGAUCUAACAACACGCUCUCGUGCCAUGAUGGACCUGAACUUGAAGCUGCAGGCAUCAGUUUCAAAAGCGCAGACAAAGACCAUCGACAUUGAGCUGGAACGUAUGGACGCCCAAGAGGCUGCCCAGCACCUGUCCAUUUUGAAACUCUACCUUCCCGAAUACUUUGAGGGAGAGAAGAACGGCAUCCUUGCACUUCUACGUUUCAAGCGUGUUAGUUUCAAGGCCACACUGAUGAGUAGCACCAUCCGAGAGAGAUUCCCCGAGCAGGCAUCCGAUCCGGCCGUCGUGGAAGAUGGCUUCGUAGCGCAUGAUGUCCUCGAGAAACUUCUGUGGAUCGGUUCCAUCUGCGACCGAUUCAUUAACUACAUCACUAACUGCUCCGCAGAGAGCUUCGACAGGAUCAAGGCCACAUUGUUCGAGAUGGAGCCGGUAGAGCGCACCAUGAACUUUUGGAUAGAAUCCGUCCAUCGCACUACUAUCCCAUCUGGCGGAAGUCCACCUACCAACUUCAUUAGAGACAUUCGCGACGAGCUCUGCAUGCGCUCAUCCCUAACACAGUCAUACAUUGACCACGCCGCAUCAUCAAUAUCACGCCUCAGAACUCUGCUGCAGUCCAAACUCUCAGCCCCAGAAGGCGAAGAACAAGAGAUCAAUUUCCUCAUCAGCAAAAUGGAAACCCUAGUAACCCAAGCCCGGGGGCUAAAGGUAGCCAUGGGCAAGAUCCACAAGGCCCUCGAGGAUCUCCGAUCAAGGUCCCUUGCCCUGUCCCAAGACAUAGCAGGCCCCUUUAAGAAAACCGAGGAAGCCGCCAAAGAUCUUUCUGAACUGGCCCGGCACCUAGGAGAGAACAUCGCGCUUAUCGUAAGUGACGAAAGCCGAACGGAGCCACUGGCGCUAGAAGAGGCAAUGAAGAGCAUGUCCCAGGUCUCGACCCUUUAUGCGCAGCCAUCGGAAUCAGGAAGCGAAUGUAGCGACACAAUGUCCUUCAUCGCCAACAGACUGCGCAGCCUAGGCGGAAACCUCGAGGAGCUCGACUCAAUCUCAACUGACUUGUCAAUCACAUCAGAAUUUGAAAGACUCCCCUCACCCUGGAUCGCGCGAGCCUCAGAACUUAAAUCCAACAAAGCAGUGUCUCCAGACGCGGAUGAAGAAAUCCGGCGUCUCAAGAACGAGAUCCACGAAGCCUCAACAGCCCUAGGCGUCAAGGAUAAGACGAUCGAAGAGCAAUCGCUGAAGGUCGAACUGGUCAAUUCCAGAAUGCAAGAAGCCAGCAAAAAGGCCUCCAUGGUCAAAGAGCUCGAGACCAAGAUCGAAGCCAUGCGAACAAAAGAAACAGACCUGGAGCACGUUGUCGAAAAACAACGCAAAGACCUCCAAGCCCUGGAGACAGAGCGCGAGGAGAUCAAAGUCCGACUGGACAGGGUCAAACGCGCGUCCGGCACAACCGGAAUCACCACAACAGAGGGCGUUGUGGUUGACAACGCCCUUUCCCUGGCUACGAUGCGCGAGAACGAGGCUCUCCGCGCCGAGGUGGAAAGUCUGCAAGCGGCCGUCCGCUUCCUGCGCGAAGAGAACCGCCGCGCCAACAUGCUCGACCCGUACUCUGUGCAGCGCUCAGCAGAGAUGUACUCUUGGCUUGACGUGCCCCUUACACAAGCCAAUGGCAAUGCCCAGCGUGAAAAGAUCCAACAGACCGCCUCGGAGAGUAGGGACGUCUUUACUCAUCUUCUCAAGCUAACCAAGGAGUCGAAUAUCUGCGAUUUGAAGUCCACCGUGUCCCAGGAGAACGGUAACCGUGCCAGUUGGCGUCCGUCGAAGACUAAGCUGCGCUACCAGGUUCUCCAACAGCGGGAGAACUUCGAGCACUGGACCGAAUGGCGCGAUGAUAUCGUCAACCAGGAAAGAGAGCAGGACAGACUGGUUAAUACGAAGAAAGAGCGCCUUGCUCGUGAUCGAGCCCGGAGACACGCACCCAAGAAUUCGGUGUUUGGUGGCUUUCCGCAGGGGCUAGGACAUGGAAUGAUGGGGCAUGCUUGGGAGAUCCUAGGCAUGCAGCAAGAUCAUCGCAAACUGGCUGAUAGACCGGUAGAACCCUCCAUAACGCCAUCGUUCUGA